AUGGGACCGCCGAAGUCAGUCACGGUCCUCGUCUUCGUCGUCGUCCGCGGAGUCCUUCCCGCCUCGCCGCGCCGCGCCCGGCCGACCCCACCAGCCCGCUCUGCUACCACCACUACCCCACCCCACGACCCACACUCCAUCGCCGAUCGAGAUCAGCCCAUCUCUCAGCGCGAACCCAUGAACUGACUCUUGGCUUACUGCUUUCCACAGGCGAGAUGUCAAACUACUCUUGUUGGGAACCGGUGAAUCGGGCAAGGUGCGUCAUCCUUCCCCUCUCAGCUCCGAAGGCACCGCAUUGACCCGAGAGAGCGAACUCGGCUCUCCGUCGGGUUUCUUUACUGACGCUUUUGCUCAUGCGAACGUUUCCCAUUUCCUAUAGUCGACCAUCUUGAAGCAGAUGCGACUGCACCAUGUCGGAGGCUACACCGACGAAGAGCGUGAUGGUUACAGAGAAAUCGUCUACGCCAACUUGGUAAGAUCGCGAUCCCCGAUCGACAUCACCCGGACUUGUGUAGUUCGAUACUGACGCACAUACAUAUAUACCUCCCACCCUCUCAGAUCCAAUCGAUGCAAGUCGUCAUCGAGGCCUUGCACGAUCUCAACAUGCCCCUCGCGCCUCACCUUCGCGACAAAGCGGCCUACGUCAUGUCGAUCCGCGUCUCGGCCCACGACCCUUGCCCGCCCAUGCUCGACCGAUUGGUCACCCAGGCCCUCAUUGCCCUCUGGGCAGAACCGACGACCAAAGCCUGCGUCGCCAAGAGUCGCGAGUUCCAACUCAACGAUUCGGCCAGCUAGUCAGUUCCGGGCUCGGUGAUUGCUCGAAAACCCAGCUCUUUGGCUGACGUCCCACUCUCUUCCACGUGCUCAGCUACUUUGACUCGGCAGCUCGGAUAGGCGCAGCCGACUACGUGCCGACAGAUCAGGACAUUCUCCGAUCGCGAGUCAAGACAACCGGCUUGACCGAGGAGCGCUUCCAAGUCGGGAUGUUGCAAUACGUCGUCUUUGACGUUGGAGGACAACGCUCCGAGCGGAAAAAGUGGAUUCAUUGCUUCGAGAACGUCAACGUGCUCAUCUUCCUCGUCGCCAUUUCCGAAUACGAUCAGACGCUCUACGAGGACUCCGAUAUCAACCGUAUGAAUGAGGCCGCGGGUUUGUUCGAGUCCAUUUCUAAUUCGCGUUGGUUCGCCCAGUCGAGCGUGAUCCUCUUUAUGAACAAGACCGAUUUGUUCAAGGCCAAACUCAUCACCUCGCCUAUCUACGAAUACUACUCGGACUACGAGGGACCCAGUGAUUGUGAGUGGUGCCACAUGCACCGAUCCGCUCUUCUAGAAAGUCGUGACUGACGGAUUGGAUUGUGAUCGCACCCCCUCAGACCCGACCGGCUGCGCUUACAUGGAGUCCAAAUUCCGACCGCUCUACCGCAACGGCCACAACCGACCACUUCACGUCCACUUCACGUGCGCGACCGAUACCGAGCAGUUGCGCGUCGUCUUCAAUGCUGUCGAGGAGAGUAUCAUGGCCGCUAGCAUAGCAGAAUUGGUGAGGACAAGAAAGCGCAGGUUCGAUCCUUUUGAGGCUCGCAUGCUAAUUCGUAUUUCCAUUUCAACAGGGUCUGCUCUGA